AAGGCGGAUUUCCUCUCCAUACUUUGUUUAUGUCGCAAGCUGUCUGACAGCAACUAGUUAACUGGAGUGUUUAGUGGUAUAUUUCGUCGGAAAACCUUUCCCUAUUAAUGAGUGCAUAUACAUAUAUACAACUGUAGGUUCCUGGAUGUUGAUGAUGGAAUAUUUUGUUGAAUGAAGCGAACGCCCCGGGUGCCAAUAGGAUGAACUCCAUCACCGGUCGGGAUCUCGCUGUCCCCGCUGCUUCUGUCACAAACUCUGGAUCUUCAUCUUCACGAGCUUUGCACGUAGAACUCACCUCUCAACAGAGGCGGUUACGUCAUCUCCGAAGCAUCGCUGCUCGAAACAUCGUGAACAGGAAUGGUUCUCCUCUGCUGGACACGUACUUCACCCUCCAUCUCUCUCUGGAGGACCGCAUAUCCAGAGGCUUUUACAAGAGUGAAGUCAUCCGGGAUUCACUGAAUCCAACAUGGCGGAGUUUAGACUUUGGCAUGCUGCCGGACCUGCUGGACACGUCCGUGUCCAGCUUCGUGGUGAGGAUCUGGGGCGGGCGAGAGCAGCAGUACCUGAUGAUGUCGUGCUUCCUGCAGAUUCCCCUCAGGUACCCGGUCAUCCACAAGGGCUCGCGCUCCUCCAUCAAGGACACCAUCACCGACAAGCUGAGCGAGAAGGAGAGAGAGUUCCCUCUCUACCCCAGAGGAGAGCGCUUUCAGUUUGAAUAUGGUGUCUACUUGCUCAACAAGAACAUUGCUCAGCUGAGGUAUCAGCACGGCCUGUCCACACCCGACCUGCGCCAGACUCUGCCCAACCUCAAGAACUUUCUGGAACACGGCCUCCUCGUCAAAUGUGACCGGCACCAAGUGUCCAGCUCCAUCCCGGUUCCACCCAAGGCCCAGCUCAGCGUAUCCGGGGCGUCCGCGUCCGAGGUGGGCUUCCCCAGCCACACCAGCUCCCCGGACCGGGGCCUCAGGAAGAGGGCCAGCUCAGAGGCUGACAAGCUCAAGUACAAGGCCUCGCCGCCGACCAGCUACAGCACAGCCAUGGCCCAGGCAGGGGAGGAGGCAGGGGGAGGAGGGCUGGUGCUUUCAGGAGCCUCCCCCAAGCACAUGUCCACCUCCCUGGAUGCCUGCAUCAACCUGGCCAAGACCGGGGAGGGGGAGGGGGAUGGAGGUGGGGGAGGAGGAGUUAGAGAUGGAGAGACCGAGGUGUCGGUGGGGGAAGAGCAGCCUGCUGCUACCAGCACCUCUGGGUCAGGGUCACUCACUCCUGUGGACGACACCGGGGAGGAGGCGGAGCUGGCCGUCCCCGAACGCCAGCACGACGGGGCCAUGAACGGUUUGGCGGUGCCUGGGGAAGGCCCGGCGGGGCCGUUGAUGCCCGCAGGCCUAGCCCCCGAGAUGUGCUGCUCGGUGGAGCAGGCUGAGGAGAUCAUGGGCACGGAGGCCACAGGCCUGGGGCUGGGCCUGGGCCUGGGGUUGGGGCUGGGGUUGGGGUUGGGGCUGGGAGAUGGGGCCCGGAUGGAGGACUACCCCUGCAUCCCCGUGGAGCACGCCGUGGCGGUGGAGUGUGACGAGCAGGUCCUGGGGGAGCUGGAUGCCGCCGGCUUCGAGGAGUUCUCCAGACGCAUCUAUGCACUUAACGAGAACAUGUCCAGCUUCCGCCGGCCGCGCAAGAACUCUGAGAAGUGAGGCGGGGGGACAGGGGGGAGGGGCCAACCCAGGGGUCAGGGAGGGCCGAGAGGAAAGGGGAGGAGUCCAGCGUGGGGACGUCAUCUCUUGAACGUCAACGGAAAGAAAAUACGACAUAGGAGCUUCGAUGUGGAAUUACGACCAAUUUGCACUUCUCUGAAACAUUUCUCUAGUCAUCCAUUAAAUUGAAAUAAAGCGAAUGUUUUGUGUGGUUGAAGAGCAUCCCGGACCUUCUUUGCAUGGCGGUUUACUGUGACUGACUGACUGCGUGUCUGUGUGUAUGUGUGUGUUGCCUACACACAUCUAGGGGCUCAAGCAUAGUGGUAGACCUGCACAGCGGAACGAGCUGCUCAAUCCUGCCAAUGACCUUGGACCUAAAUCUUGUGUCAAUCGACACCUCAGAGUGAGGCGGGACCUAAGAUCAGUAAUAGCCCAAUCAGAUGCUUUGUUACUACUCCACCUUCGCAGUGGACAGGCAUGGUCUGUCUGCAUCUCUUCAGGUUGAUGAGAUCAUAGGAGGAUAAAGUUGGUAGCUUAAUGGCACAUGCCAGGGAUACUGUGCAAUUGUUUUUCUGUCCUUUUACAUGUCUGCAUUCUCUUUUAGGACCUUCGAAUACACUGUCACUGUCAAGUCCCAUAGAUCACAAAUUUGGUCCACAAAAGAGUACAGAACGACCUGUACGAUGCGCUUUAAAUAUCACACUGGGACCUGAACUGUACAGUGAUACUUUUAUUUGAAUCCUCUGUCCAUGAUUUGUCUGUCUUCAGAUUUUUCUGCCAAAAUGGCUGUUUCCUUGCACUGCUGUGCAUUGGCAAGUAUGUGUGUUAUUUAUAAUGUCUCUCACUGAGUUAUGUGAAUUUGUUUGGAAGGUUUCCCCCCCCGCUCCUGCUCUCUUUCCCCAUGGUGGGACAUCACUCAUUGACGUUGCCCAAUGUUCAAAUCUGUCACCUGGGUAUUUGUCUUUCUUGCAAGAGCCACAGAUUAUCUCACCAUUGAAAGCUGGUAUAGUCUACUGCCUUGCAUUGCCUGCCGUACAAAGAUGGACCCCCCCCCCCCCCCACAAAAAAAAAAAACAUGGGAUCGUUUUUUAUUUCCUUUUAUUAUGAUCAAGUACUGUGGUUAAAGACUGUUGAAAUGUAUCGUAUUUAAGCUGCAAGAUGGGACAUUUGUUGAUCAUUUCCAUAACCUGCUAAAGUAUGUGACCUUGUACAUAUAUACUUUUGUAUGGAGGCUGUUUUAUUAUUAAAGACUUACAGUCCAGUGGUAUGGCUGUGAAGCUCCCUUUG